ACAUCAUUUGGUAUGAGAGCUAGUUGUUAGUCAUCUCUCAAGGACCAUACACACUUCCCCAACUCCCUCCCUAAAUUGGGCCUAACCACAUUCAACCCCUACUCCAACUUCUGUCCUUUUCCUCAACCAUGUCAAACCCAUCCCGAAGCAUGUCUCAUGAAGAACUCGUAGCCGCAAACACUGCCUUGCAAGCUCAGGUGGAAUACCUAGCCAAAGAAGUGGCUAAGCUCACGAAGCAAAAGAUGUCCAUGUUGCAAGAUAGUGAAGAUGAAGAGGAAGCUAGCUCUAGUAACACCAUGAGAGCUAGGGCUCAUGAAAAGUCCCAUUCUGACUUCAAAGUUGAUAUUCCAAUCUUUGAAGGAAAGAAUGACCCGGAUGAAUUUCUUGAGUGGUUAGAGACAGUGGAACGAGUCUUUGAUUUCAAAGAAGUCUUCGACGACAAGAAGGUCAAGAUUGUAGCCUUAAAAUUCCGCAAGUACGCCUCCACUUGGUGGACGAACACCUGCACCAAACGGAUUCGAAGUGAGAAGCCUCCCGUUGACUCAUGGCAAAAUAUGAGGAGUCUCUUGAAGAAGAAGUUCCUACCAACUGAAUAUUCCCGAGAGAACUUUGCUAAGCUUCAAACGCUUAGGCAAGGUACGAAGUCAGUGGAAGACUACACCCGUGAGUUCGAGGAACUCCUACUUAGGUGUGACUUGCAAGAGAACGAAGAGCAAACCUUUGUAAGGAACUUUGGAUAUUCUCCAUACCAAGACAUUAAUGGGGAUAAUUAUUAUGAACCCCAUGGAGACCAAGAUGACUUUGACCACAAUGGGCCUAUGUCUGACAACCAACCUGAUCCCCUCGUCGAGGAAAUAAUAAGAUUAGAACAGAAAAUCUUCUAUUUCGACGAACUUUUAUUCACUGAAGGCUCUUGGUACGAACCACCUUACUCCCGUGACUACACUUUGUUUGCUGAAGAGCAAAUUGAAGCAAACAAGGUGGCAAUUCGAGAAAGAGCAAAACUUCUUGAGUCAGUCUGGAAGGAAAAGGAGUUUGAGAGGAGAUUAUGCGAAGGAUCAGAAAUGAUGCAGAAAAUGCUGGACGACUUUCAAAGAGAGAGACUAGAAGCUGAGUCUAAAGCCGAUAAAUUAGUCAACGAUCUCUGUAUGGCUGUUGAACUUAAACGCUCCCUCCAAUCUCAAGAUCAAAUGAGGGAGAUUAAUGUUCAAAAAGAGGCUCUAGAACCUAAGACCAACCCUGAACCCAUCAACCAACAGGUGCCAGUUCUAGAAGAAUCACCAAGUUCUACACCCUCACAGAAGCCCGAGAGCAUAACAACUCUUGCUAGGGCUACUGUGGUGAUGUUACCUGA